AUUUUAUCUAUGCAGCACUAAGCCCCGAUUGCCGAAGCAAUCGACUUGUUUUUGGAAGGUCAAAUCGUAGAUCCGCAAGUCUUGUCAGACCACUUGUGAACGGAUGAGUUAUCUACCCUGACGAACAACAGCCAUGGAUAGCGCAACCUCAAGGCCUGAGAAGGCCGUGCUCUCGAUCAUCAUCAGAAGCGGCAGGAAUUGGAAAAACCAAAAAGGAGAACCGCUUCAGCCGUGCGUCUUGAGAUGCGAGUACGGCGAUGGAGUCACCAUCGGCGAGUCGCCGAAGGUCGCAGUUGAUGCCAACGGCUGCGCGGAUAUCGACUUCACGACCACCAUCGCCAUCGAUCAGGAAGUAGCAGAUUGGAACCAGAUGGCUAACACCCCGCUCGUGCUUCUCCUCAUGGAGUCUUCUGUCAAAGAAUCCAGGAAAAAGAAGAGCCCCAGUUUCAACAAAGUCGGAGUGGCUACUAUUGACCUACUUCCUCUCCUCUUCGAGCCGGCCACCGGCGAACAGUGGCACAGGUUCGCGCCCGCGGACCACGUGCUGCCCGACUCUGAGCGCGGCCUGCUGCAGAUGCCCGAGGCGGCGGUAUGCUUCGAGACCAGCGCACCGCUCAUCCCCGACAAUGUGAUCGGCGAGCUGAACAUGCUGACAAUCACGCUGGACUCCUUGUACGGGAUACCGAGUCGUCUAGAGGAGUCUUGGGAAUGCCAUGACUACAUCACGGCGUUGUUCCUUCCCUUCGAACAGACGGAUGAGCUGUUGAGCUACGAAAAGUCGCUCUGCCAGGAGUUCAGCGCCGAGUGGGAGCGACACUACUGGUACGGCAGGACCGGCGGCCAGUCGGACGACGACUUCAUUCCGGCACGCAGACCAACAGAGGGCGAGCCAGAAAGCUCUGGAGAUUUUCGUGGUGAUGACGUCAAUUUCGAGCUAAUGGCCAACGACCGACCCCGGGUCACCAUAAAUACGGAGAAGAGAUUUAUCUUGACGAGGAAAAUGUUGGCCACUUUUGAGGAAUACGCUUCCAGAUAUAAGAUGGUACCUGUGGAGCUGCUUGUCAAGAAGUCACGUCAGGCUCAGGCUGGCGCCAAGGCGCGGAGGAAGACCAUGGAUGAUUUCAUCAGUGUGCAGUUUGGCAUGGCCAUGGUCAAUCUGAGCUACUUGCUGUAUCCAGGAGUGGGCCGGCUGCGCGGUGCCUACCGGAUCCAGUCCCUGGACCCAGCCCGUUACGAGGAGCAGACGGGCGGGCGGCGGAGCCUGUUCCUCCAGCUGACCGCUGGCAGUGCCAUGGAGGACACGGGCUCCAUCGUCAACGGCAAGAAGAGCGAGGUCGACAGGGCUGAGAAGAGGGAGAUCAAAGAGGAGAAGCCAAAGAAGAGCAGGGAGGACGGCAAGGACGGUGACAAGGCGAAAGACAAGGAAAAGCACUCCGCCGGCCUGCCGAUGUCACUGGCCUCCAACCUCAAUAUCCACCUGAUGCCUGAGCUGCCAGCCAGGGCGGAAAACGACGUCUUCAGCUGUGGCAAGAUGUACCUGGUGCUGGACAUACGGAUGCGCACCCCGCUGGUGAAGCGGCACACACUAGAGGAUCUAGCACUCAGCGUGCAGUCCCUGAUUCCACACCGGGACGACGUGACCCGAGAGGCCCGCAGCGCCGCCGAGGCCCAGAACCGCUACCACAAGAAGGUCAAAGAGCUCAGCCAGACCCUGUUGGAGGAGCUGAGGCGCAACAUGCACAAGUACACGGCGCCCGAGAGCGGAGGUGAGGAGAGCCGCUCGCUUCAGCAUUGCGUCUUCACGCUCAUGCUAGCUGGUGGCUAA